CUGCCUCGUCCUGCGCCGCCAACCGUAGUUGUUUUGCCGUCUCCAUACAGUGUGGCUGAAGGGUGGAAAGGUAAUAUAAUGUAAUGUACCUUACCGUGGUCACUGACGGGUUCACGCCAGUUCACCGGGUUCACUUGAGGAGAGCUCCCACCCCCUGCUCGCCUCCUCUUCUUCUCCAAACGCAACGAUCGGAGCUAAUCCAAUAUUAUUCAUUUAUAUAUUCAUGUCGGAUUCAAUUUUUUCCCACCGACUGUUGAGGUUCCCUUGGAGCUGUUAAACUUGUCCAUGUGACAGGAGUCCUGCAGAGGGCAUGAAGCAACACUGUGAUAUCAUAGUGGCUGGUCCAUGACACUAAACUUCAUUAAACCCUCUCCACCCGCCCUCUGUUCUCAUCACACCGGACAAGCAAUCACUCACUCUCCAUCAACACAGAGCUGCAUCAUGGCCAGCAAGAGGAAAUCCACGGUACCAUGCAUGAUACCAUCCAAAUCCAAACAUGUGCGUGAGGAAAUCAUACUGGGCUCGCUACCAGAACUGCUACCAACCAUCCCAGAAGACAGCAUACUCAGCAUCUCUGGAGAAAAGUCUGGCCAUUUCUCUCACAGCUCCUCCAAAUCCGACAGUGGCAGCGAGAUGCAGAAAGGAGGUGCAUACAGCUGUCCAAAGUGCCGUUUCGAGUCCAGAGAUCUAAACUACUUUUUGGAUCACAUGCACAACUGCCACUUAGACUUCAGGGCUCAGCCCACUUUCUACUGCCUGAACUGUGAGGUGUCGGUCGUCCGCUUUGAGGCUCUGGCGCUCCAUAAUGCUACCGCCCACCCUAAGAUAAUGGAGGGCUUGGUCACUGCCUCCCUGACUGUCAACAAGAGGGAUGGAGUAACCACGGUGGAGCAGAGCCUCUUCACCGAGAGCGGAGAGGACUACAGAGAAUGCUCAAUCUCCCUCACAAAAACACCAAUUGCAAAGAUGAUGAAAAGCAAGGGGGAGCACAAAAAAAUUGUGGUUUCUCACACCGUGGAGGUACGCAAGAUAGACACUGGAAAGGAUGUAGACCCCAGCAUGAUGACAAAUGUGCCUGAACUCCAAAACGGGGCUCUCAGUCUUUCUGCCGCCCCAGCUAUGCCGAGGACAACUGUCGCUCACGUGACGAGGACGACAGUGCCCAACCAAGUCUUUCACCAGCACACUCCCUCCCUUUACUCCUCCCCCUCUGAAUCCAAUGGAGACCUUCCAAAGGUGAUGAUCCCCCUCAGCAGUAUCCCCACCUACGAUGCCGCCAUGGACACCAGCAGCUUUCUCAAGACAUCCUUUGGCAAAUUCCCCUACCCGACCAAAGCCGAGCUCUGCUACCUAACGGUGGUCUCAGAGUUCCCAGAGGAGCAGAUCAAACUGUGGUUUACCGCCCAAAGGCUCAAGCAGGGCAUCAGCUGGUCUCCGGAAGAGAUCGACGAGGCCAGGAGGAAGAUGUUCAACACUGUGUUUCAGGGUGGAGCGCCGCAGAAGCAACCCGCUGUACAACGGCACGUCAAUCACAUUGUAACCCACCACACUGUCCACGCAGGCUCAAAAGGACCAAACUUUCAGAUGGCCAAAGUUCCCUUUGGUGGUUUGAAAAGGCCUGUCGGAGCCACACAAACAAGCAUGUCAACCAACCCCAAUGUCACCAGGGUCUCGUACUCUACUCCAAUUCUCCCCCCAAGGUUCCCAUCUGUUGUCAGAACAACGCAGGUACUGACCAAGAGUAUUCAACCCACUGUGGAGCCACACAAGAGCAAUGGCCUGAGCUUGGAUAUGGCUGGAAGCGGCGUUUGUGUGAGUAGCACCAGCAGCAGCCGGAGCAGCAGUAGCAACAGUAGCUGCAGUAGCAGCAGCAGCAUCAGCAGCUAUUCCAGCAGUAGUAAUGGGGUUGAGACUCACAACAGGAAACCGGUGCAAAACAGCAGCCCAAAUAACAUCUUCGCCACUGGCUCUACCAACAUUAGCAAUAAUGAUGAGCACUGUGUUGCCAACUCCAACAGGAAAGCAAACGUCCAAAGCAGUUCGCCAAUUAGAUUGGGAGGUUCAAACGGCCCCAAGAGUCAAGUGAUCAUCGACAGCACCAGCAAAUUCACCAUCACCUGUAACAAUCACAACAACGGCAUCAUCAGUCCACAAGAGCAGGGCAACGCAGCUGAACCGAACGACGAUUGCAUCAACAACAAGAGCAACAACAGCAGUAUUAUCAAUGAACACCCCAGUACUCCCUGUAAUGACAGUGUCCCUAACCUGAACCAUGCCAGCAAAUCCCCAACUGAGAGCACCAGCACUUGUGUCAUUGAGAAAUCCUCUGUUUUAGACGAGGGUAAAUGCAACAAGGACGUUCCCAUAAAAGGCAUGUCAAUCCUACAGCAACUAAUCAACGACGAGAACCCGUAUGUUGGAGACAGAAGCGGUCCGCAGCUGAAGAUCAAUCCCAUCAAGAUCAACCUUAAGAGGCUGAAGAUUAACGAACCAGAUACUACGGCUGAGAUUGCACAUCGGGAUCAUAAGUCCGAGAUAGCCGAGGUGCUGUCUUUCUCACCGCCCUGGGCCAACAAGACCCCCCAGCAGCUGCACAUCCUCCGCCAGGUGUUCUCCACCACGCGCUGGCCGAGCAGUCAGCAGUACGAGGAGCUGAGCGGCCAGACGGGCCUUCCCAAGUCGGAGGUGGUGCGCUGGUUCAGCGAUAGCCGCUACAGCCACAAGAACGGGCAGCCGAAGUGGCUACCACCAGUGACAGAGGAAGUGAGGAGCCACGGAGAAGCGGAUGACGAGUCGCAGAAGGACGCUCCGGCAGCCAAAAAGAAACUUGUUGAGCUCGCCGUGAACAAGCACCUUGAAGGAGAGGCAGGACUGAACGCGCGGGUUGUGUGGCAGAAUUCAUUCUCCCCGCUGCUGGGUCUGAUGGGGUCCGAGGGGAGUGUGGAUCGAGGCCGAGCUGAGGAGGCAGCGCAGCCCGUAGUCCUGCAGGACCCCUGGGCCCAGAGGGCCGAGGACCACCAGCAGCCGGAGGCCACGCAGGCACUCAUCGAACAGAGUGACGCCAAUCAGGCCAGGGAUCGCCUGAGGAUGGAGCUGCUGGAGGUGUGAUGAAGCCGGAGGAACGAGAGGUUUUUAAAGGCUCGCUCCCCUGGACGAGGUCUAAACAAGAGUGUUCAUAAUGACAGCAGAUGUGAUUGUAGCUGGACCGAUGGACUCUGACUGUAACUGUGAAUACCCCCCAACCCUCCUCUUCCUCUUCCUCCUCUUCCUCCUCCUCCUCCUCCUCCUCCUCCUCCUCCUCCUCCUCCUCCUCCUCCUCCUCCUCCUCCUCCUCCUCCUCCUCCUCCUCCUCCUCCUCCUCCUCCUCCUCCUCCUCCUCCUGCCAUCACUUCCUGCCAUCGUCAAAAGAAAGAACUUCUCACCUUUGAGUCCUGUGAUGUUUAAGCCUUUCAUGCUUCUUUGUGGUUGUGUGGGGAGGGUGCACAAUGAGGUCAGUACGAGGGAUCAAAGAAAAGAACGAGAAAAGACGCACACUGACUGGAAAACUGACUUGAAUGAGCGAAGAUAGGAUAGGGCCGCGAGAUAUUGUGUUUGGGUGAGAGGGAGAAAUAUAUAUAUAUAUGAUUGAAACUGCACUAAAGAGGGUUUGUACUGACUGGACAAACAAAAAGACGUGUCAAGGAAAUGUUAUUGUUGGCUUUGUGAUAUUUUUUACUUUUUUAGCAACCAGUACUUCAGCACUGCCUUGAAUUUUACUUUUUCCGUUAUUUGGUUUUUUCAAUUCUAUUUACUCUUCUAUAGUCACUGUAAGUCCAGAUGCAAUCAAACAUGGUUUAUUUAGAUCUGUAUAAAUGUUAGUGAUCACUUUGCAGAACAGCUACACGCAAAAGACUAUAUACAAUGCACUAAUGAAGACAGCAAUGCUAAAAAUCACACUGCCCCACAGCAAAGGUAUUGAGCGCUCGCUGGAGAUCAAUACACUACACUGCCCUGCAAACUGAACAGAGAGAAGCCUGCCACGCUAACGUUGCCUUACUCAGCUCUGUCCAUGUGUUUAUAUGACCUGUCUGUCCAUAAACUUGCUUUCCAGCUAUCGUGCUGUCCUGAAAACAAAAAAAAGACAAAAAAAUAUGCCAGUGCAUCAAUGGUCACUGUUUGUCUAUAUCUGUGAAAAGAAUCUUGUGCUGCUUUCUGUACACUUGGAGAUGUUUAACUUUAAACUGUAAUUGUAUCAAAUAUUGUUACUGGCGAAAUGUUGUUUAAAGCGAAAUUAUCAAUUUGAUCCCUAGACACUGACAGAGUGAGAUAUUGUGCUAGCUAGAGAGCCAAAUGAGGAUUGCUCUCCUCUGAAUUUUCUUGUGUUCAUAUAAACAUACAGUCACUACAUGAAUCCUAUGAAGCUGCAUCUUUGUCAAGCUGCUAAUAGCUAAGAACGGUGCUAUACCAUCCAAAGUGAAAUUGGAGGUCAAUCUCCUACCAGCAGUGUAUGCACUUGUGUCGAAUGUUACAAAUUUAUUUUGGUUUGAGAUACAUGGAAUCUGGACUUACGGUGUUAUGAUCAUUUAAAAAGAAAAAAAAAAAAAAAAAAAAAAAAACUUUUAUGAAAUAGUCUGAUCAUAAAGCACUGUUGUAUCAUCCUUUCUACACUUCUGAAUCUUUACAGAAUAAACUGAAUACUCACCAAGCA